AUGAGGCUGGCGAUCGACUGGUCUCGGUGGACCACCAGCCCUUAUUACGCCGUCGUCAUUCUAAUUAUUGCCUGCGGGAGUAUUCCGAAAGGUUACGAUGAAGGUGGCUUCAGCGCCAGUGUCAAUUUGGAGUCGUUUGUGAAUGAUUUCCAUCUCGCGGGUUCCGAAUGGACGAAUAAAAAGACCGAAUUGGCCAACCGGAAGGCCAACAUCGUCUCGUUCAACGUUUUGGGUGCUGCGUCUGGUGCCCUGCUUGCAUUGGACUUGAACGAUCGUCUGGGCCGCCUGCGCUCGUGGCGAUUAGCUUGUCUGAUUUGGGCGGCCGGUCUCUUCGUUCAGGUUUUCUCUUCUGGUAUAUACGGUUUGGUUCUUGCGGCGAGGCUAUGCAGUGGACUAGGGGCCGGAAUACUCACAGUUAGCACGCCGUUGUAUUUGUCCGAAAUUGGUUUCUUCAUCAAUUAUGCCGCCAGUCUGCAUAUGGCCCCAACGCGGACUCAGUACCGUCUCGUGCAAUCCAUUCCCUUAAUGCCAGUCGGGAUUGCGUUCUUUGCGUCCUUCAUUGCACCCGAGACGCCUCGCUACUUGGUCUCAAGGGGCCAGCAUGAAGAAGGUCGAUCCGUCCUCGCUCGUUUGCGCGGCAAAGCGAUCUCCGACCCAGCAGUCGAAGACGAAUUCAACAGCAUCGAUGCGCAAGUGCGGACCAAUGCGGUGGAUCUGGCGUCUGUAACCCACUGGGAAGCUUUCAAAGAGACCCAACUCAACCCUAACUACCGGCAGCGAUUCUGGCUUCUGAUCGCCAUGCAAACCAUCUCCCAGUGGACCGGAGGCAACGGCAUAACCUACUACGUCGCCACCAUCUUCCAGUACGCCGGAGUCGACGGCAACGCGCGCUCGCUCGUCUCCUCAGGCGCCUACGGGAUCGUCAAGCUGGUCUUCACCAUGGCCUUCACCUGGGGGCUGAUCGACUACAUCGGCCGCCGCCGCUGCGCCCUCGCAGGCCUGAGCCUCCAGCUCGCCGCCCACAUCUACAUGGGCGCAUACAUGGGCCUGCAGCCGGGCUCGGGCACCAACCGCUCCGCCUCCGACGCCGCCAUCGCCUCCGUCUUCAUCUACGCCGUCGGCUGGUCCAUCGGCCUCUGCACCAUUCCCUACCUCUACGGCACGGAGAUCUUCCCCACCCGCAUCCGCAACGUCAGCUACGCGAUCAGCAUGUCGCUGCACUGGUUCUACCAGUUCGCCGUUGUCCGCGUCACACCGAACAUGUUCGUCUCGCUCGAUGUCUGGGGCGCCUACCUCUUCUGGGCGAUCAUUUGCUUCUCGGGGCUCGUCAUCUUGGGCAUCUGGAUGCCUGAGACGAAGGGUGUGCCCAUUGAGCGGAUGGGCGAUCUCUUCGAAGGACCGUGGUACUUGCGCUGGCGCGCGAAGCCAAGGGAGGUCAGUUCCUCUUUACCCUCUCCAGCUAGAAUCGACGUGGACGUCGAUCCUGGUGAGAAGAGGCCGGGCUGGGAGAAUGUAUCUGUUUGA